UAUAGUUGGUUUAUAUGUAAUCCCUUAAAAAUAAAACUUAAUGAUUUACAGCGACGCUCAUGAAGGAUUUGUUCACUAGCAUAUUUGUUACGUCAAUUCAUGUUCGGAAAAAAUUAGCAUUUUGCUAACUAUUCUGAAACUUUAUUAAACUUAUCCUAGCCAGCAUAGCACAAUGGUGAAAAAUUUAAUUACCAGGAGUUUUAAUCUCAUGACAGCGAAAGAACACCAACCGACUGAAUUGAAUGUAAUAUUGUCUACACUUAGAGCGAACAAAUUCCCUAGUUUUUAAAGAAUAUUGUUGGAAAUAGAAGAAAAACCAAAUUAGAGUGUAUUCCAAAAGAAUGGAAGAACACUAUGGUCAUCCCACACAGUAAAGAAACACCGGAAGCAAUUAAGAGGAUUCUAAACAAACAUAAUAUGAUAGUUUAUAUUCGGGUCAAUAAUACCAUAAGAUCAGCGCUAAUGAAAGUUAAGGAUAAGUUUCCCAAUGACGAACAACAGGAUGUUGUAUAUGAAAUCAGUUGUCAUAAUUGUAAUGCAUUUCGCGUGGGAGAAACAUCUAGACAGUUGAAUAUAAGGUUAAAGGAACACAAACAGUAUUUGAAACAUAUCCCCAAAUCCUCGGUUGAUCUAAAGAAUAGGUCGGCGAUAGCGUUACAUACGUUAGAAACAAAUCCGACUUCAAAGGGACCAAAAUGCUUCAUACCGCUAUAAUGUUGCUUAGAUUGACGCACAAAAUAAAAUAUAUAACAUCCUGACAUGGAUCUUCUACAUGUUUACUAUUUCGGCUAAUAUAUAUGAUCAUUUCUUCAUUAGUUCGUUUCUUUACCAU